CCUGGCCCCCCGCUUCUCCCGCGCUCUUUCAUUUCGCCGGUAAUCGAAUAGGAGACGAGCUCCAGAGCGGAGAUAUGGCGAGAUCUCCAAUCCGGUUUUCUUUACGAACCCUAGCCUUGACCCUAUCUCCGGUCUUCGUCGUGGCCGCCGUCGCCGCAGCCGGGGACGUCGUGGUCCUUACGGACGACAACUUUGAUGAGGAGGUCGGCCAAGAUCGCGGUGCUUUCGUAAUGUUCUACACCCCCUGGUGUGGGCGUUGUAAGAAGAUUGCUCCAGAGUAUGAGAAGCUUGGCCCAAGUUUUAACAGGGAAAAGUCUGUUUUGAUUGGAAAGGUGGAUUGUGAUAAAUAUAAGAGUUUGUGCAGUGAAUAUCAGGUUUCCAAAUACCCAACAAUCCACUGGUAUCCAAAAGGGUCUUUGAAACCAUUAGAGUAUGAUGGCCCUUAUACUGCACAAGUUUUUGUCGAAUUUGUAAAUGCUGAAGCAGGAACCAAUGCAGAGCUGGUGCCAACUCCUUCAGAUAUAGUAGUGCUUACACCAGAAAACUUCAAUCAGGUUGUCUUAGAUGAAACCAAAAAUGUUCUAGUGGAGUUUUAUGCACCAUGGUGCACUCACUGCAAACUUCUUGCUCCUACUUAUGAAAAGGUAGCUACUGCUUAUAAGUUGGAAGAGGAUGUUGUAAUUGCCAACCUUGAUGCUGACCGAUACAAGGAUUUGGCUGAGAAGUAUGAGGUUAAUGGCUACCCUAAAAUAAAAUUUUUUCCAAAGAGUAAUAAAGCUGGAGAAGCAUACAAGAGUGGCCGAGAUUUAGAUGACUUCAUUAAUUUCAUUAAUGAGAAGUGUGGCACCAGCCGUGAUAGAAAGGGCCGGCUUAAUUCCCAAGCUGGUAUAGUUUCAAGUUUAGAUGCUUUAGUGAAGGAGUUCAUCAGUGCCACCAAUGAUGAGAAGAAGGCAGUCCUAUCUCGGAUUGAAGAGGAGGUUGAGAAUUUAAAGGGUUCUUCUGCAAGGUAUGGUAAGAUGUAUGUGAAAGCUGCAAAAUUCUGCAUUGAGAGAGGAGAAGAUUAUGCUCCAAAGGAAAUUGAACGGCUCCAACGCAUGUUGAAAAAGUCAAUUCACCCAUCAAAGGCGGAUGAAUUCAUUCUUAAGAAGAACAUCUUAGCAACUUUUGCCGCUUAAAGACAUACGAGGCUUUUGCCCAUUCAGUUUUGGAAGAUUUUAGAUAUUUUUUCUGAGUACCAAAUCUUUGCACAUCUAGCUAAAUUAUUCCCACUGAACCUAUGUCUGUGCUGUGAAGAAGGGAAUGAGGUUGCGGCAUGCUUGGUAAAACAACAGAAUUUUUCCCAGAAGUUUUUCUGUUAGGCUUCUGGUUGGCAUCUAGUCUGUUUUUGGGGCUUCCUGGAAGUAUGUAUGAUGUAUUCAAGUUGGCUCUGCUUUGCAAGCGUGCAAACACAACAUGCUGCUAGAGAGUAUGAAGGCUAGAGAUGCUUUGUAUCUCUGUCUGCUUUCCUUAGUAUCAAUGAUGUUAGGGCAUACUUUGUGUGAUGCAACAAGAUGGAGGACGCAUGAAGAAUUGUUA